AAGGAGUGUUAAUAACUGCCUUUAACCCAUGUCAUUGAGAAGUAACUACCGAAGCUGGAGUUUGUAUGUUAUGUUAAAUAUAUUGUUGAUUAAAAACAUAAAAAUCGACACACUGUUCUUGUUUGAAAUGAACUAUAUACUGAAAUCACUUUUAUCCGAACCCUAGCAAAAUGGAAGACUGCACAUGUCGAGUAAAAGCUUGGGUUGUAUUGGGUUGUUUUUUAUUUUAUUUUGUCACGUUUUUUGCUUACUAUAUAGAAUAUAUAAAUGUGUUUGGAAUACUUUACUUAACAAGGAUUUUUAUCUUUUGGAUUUGUCUUAUUUGUAAAAGGAAGGAAAAAAGUGAAUUUUUUAACCCUGUUUUAAACAAAUAACGUAUUUAAAUAUAUAUUAAAGUUUGUCCUUUUUUUGUUUGUUUUAAAAUGAUAUAAUCAUGCAAUGUAUUGAGAGAAGCUGUUGAAACAAUGUCACUGAAAUUGAAUAUACUCAAUAUAAAAAUACUAAAUAGAUGGUUUCAAUAGUGCACUUUCUUCAGAACAUGUUCAAUGUCUGUAUAUCGUAAACACUGUUUUCUCCAUAUUAAUGAAUAUAAUUCCAUUCAAAUCAAUACCAUUAUGUAUGCGCACGACAAAUUAAUUAAUGAAUAUAUAUUGAGAGUCUGAUUCAAUUUAGCAUCUCUCCAACAGGGGCAGAGCUGCGAGACCGGUGUGAUACUGCCCGCGAGCUCACCGGAAGUACCAAUAUGGACGAAGAAGACGACUGCUGGUAGCAUCCGGUAGCUUCGGGUAGCAAAGACAUAAACAAACCCAACUAAUGACAAGGAUAUAGAGAUAGUGUUUAUACAACGGAACAGUGCUUUCAUAAAAGCGAUUAAUAUGAUACAUGUCAUGUUGAAUGUCAGCCAUGUUCGUUUGGACGGAGAGAUCAUCAGCCAGAAUCUGAGGCAGCUCCACUAAGUGAUGCCCAUGAUUCAGCUGGAGAAACCGCUGGCGACCGGCACCAUGCCUGUGGUGUGGCCCACCAUACUGGACCUCGGCAGGGAUGAGUGCAAGAGGAUACUGCGCAAGCUGGAGUUGGAGGCCUACGCCGGAGUGAUCAGCGCUCUGCGAGCCCAAGGCGACCUCACCAAGGACAAGAAGGACCUGCUGGGGGAGCUCACCAAGAUCCUGGGCAUCUCCACAGAGCGCCACCGCGCCGAGGUCCGCAGGGCGGUCAACGAUGAGCGCCUCACCACCAUCGCCUACCACAUGUCUGGACCCAACAGCGCCUCCGAGUGGUCCAUCGAGGGCCGGCGCCUCGUUCCGCUCAUGCCCAGACUGGUGCCGCAGACGGCCUUCACCGUGACGGCCAACGCCGUGGCCAACGCCACGGCCCAUCAGAACGCAUCCCUCCUGUUGCCGGCUGAAACGGGCAACAAAGAAGUCGUCGUGUGCUACUCCUACACGAGCACCACCUGCACCCCCACCAGCGCCACGGCGACGGGGGGCGGGUCCCUGGCGGUGAAGUCGUCGCCGCGGCCGCCCAGCCCGGCCUCAAACGUGGUGCUGCUGCCCAGCGGGAGCACGGUCUACGUGAAGAGUGUGAGCUGCUCCGACGAGGACGAGAAGCCCCGCAAGCGCCGGCGCACCAACUCGUCGGGCUCGUCCCCCGUGGUGCUGAAGGAGGUCGCCAAGGCGACGGCGCCGUCCGUCUCCAAGGGCGUGGGCCUGCCCAUGGCCUCGCCCAUGGUGGGGCUGUCGGCCAGCAGCCCUAAGAUGAGCAACAUCAUGCAGAGCAUCGCCAACUCACUGCCGCCGCAUCUGUCGCCCGUCAAGAUCACCUUCGCCAAGCCCACCAUCCAGAGCACCAGCAGCACCACGCAGAAGGUGAUCAUCGUGACGACCUCGCCCAGCUCCAACUUCGUGCCCAACAUCCUGUCCAAGUCCCACUCCCAUGGCAACAGUGCCAGCGCGGCGGCCCUCUCCAAGCUGGUGUCAACCUCCAUGCUGACGGCGGCCAGCCACAAGCAGACGGUGGUGUUCCCCAGCGCCGCCGCCGCCGCCGUCGCCGUGACGGCCGUGGUGUCGGCCAGCCCGGCGGCCGUCAUGUCCACCGUCGCUCAGUGCUCUGCGUCUGCUGGCGUGAAGGUGGCGUCGGCUCGUCUGCCCUCCCCAAAGACCAUGGCGGGCUCGCCCACCCAGAUCAUGGCCCAGUUCCCCAAGCAGCUGCAGCAGCAGCAGGGCGCCACCAUCAGCGUCAGCCAGGCCCAGGCCUCCUCCUCCACCAGCUCCAGCAUGGCCGGCUCCAAGCCCACCAUUCAGAUCAAGCAAGAGUCAGGUGUGAAGAUCAUCACCCAGCAGGUGCAGCCCAGUAAGAUCCUGCCCAAGCCCUCCUCGGUGGGCCUGUCCAGCAGCAGCUCCUCCCCCAUCAUGGUGGUCAGCAGCAACGGAGCCAUCAUGAGCACCAAGCUGGUGUCCCAGCCGACAGCCACCCAGACCACCUACACCAGGCCCACGGUCAGCCCCAACAUGAGCGCCCGCAUCUCGGCGGCGGCGGCGGCGGCCGGCGCCACCUACGUGAAGACCACGAGCGGCAGUAUCAUCACUGUGGUGCCCAAGUCUCUGGCCACGCUCGGGGGGAAGAUCAUCAGCAGCAACAUCGUCUCUGGCACCACGACUAAGAUCACCACCAUCCCGAUGACGUCCAAGCCCAACGUCAUCGUGGUCCAGAAGACCACGGGGAAAGGAGCCACCAUCCAGGGGCUGCCGGGCAAGAACGUGGUCACCACGCUGCUCAACGCCGGGGGUGAAAAGAGCUUGCAGGCAGUCCAGGGCAGCAAGCCGGCCAUCAUCACCGCCUCCAGGCCCAUCACCAAGAUGAUCGUCACGCAGCCCAAGGGCAUGAGCUCAGGGGCCCAGGCCACGGCCACCAAGAUCAUCCCCACCAAGAUAGUGUACGGCCAGCAGGGCAAGACGCAGGUGCUGAUCAAGCCCAAGCCGGUGUUCCAGGCGGCGGUGGUGAGCGAGCAGACCCGGCAGCUGGUGAGCGAGACCCUGCAGCAGGCGUCCCGCUCCUCGGCGGAGGCGGGCCAGAGCCAGCCCCCUGGGGCGGAGGGGGCGGCGCCCAGGGACGAGACCCCCGCCGGCUUCCUGGACGAGACCCCGCACACCAGCGCCACCCAGGACUCUCAGCCUGUAGUUCACCUGGUGACCACUAGGGAGCAGGAUUGGAUGGAGCAGGAGGUGGUGGAGUCCAGUCCCACCACCACCAUCAUCUACCAGGACAUGUCUGUCGGGGAGUCCCAGUCCGCCACCUCCACCAUCAAGGCUCUGCUGGAGUUGCAGCAGCAGACCACUGUGAAGGAGAGGGCUGAGGCCAAGCCCCGGCAGCACACCAUAGACCUCAGCCAGAUGGCUGUGCCCCUCCAGCAGGCCCAGGACAAGAGGCAGGCCCCUGCCCCGGCCCGGCCCUCCACCACCACCACCACCACUAUCAUCGCCACUACCACGCCCUCCUCCUCCUCCGAGGCCGACGCAGCUCCGGAGCAGCACACUGCAGGUAAAGGCGGUCGCGUCGGAGCGUCCUCCGAGGUCGAGGACGUGGUCAUGUCGUCCACCCAGCCGCCCGGCAGGAUGCUGAAGACCCCCGGGCAGCUCACCGUGGUCACCAAGGUGGUCUCCACCACGUCGGCAGAGUCCCUCCUCAGCCUCAAGCCCGCCGUCAGCCACCCCAAGCCCUACAGCACGCUGGAGGCGGGGGAGCUGGAGGGCGACACGUUGGACCCCCAGACCGGCCUGUUCUACCGCUCUAGCCAGCCCGCCGCCCACCCGCAGCCCUCCUCCUCGCAAGCCCCGCCCACCCCAAGCUCCGCCCCCGCUCCGGCCCCCGCCCCUGUCCUAAGCCCCGCCCCCCCGCCUCCACCCCAGCUGCAGAGCCGGCCCCAGAUCAGCCAGCCCUCCCCUUCGUCGGCCACGCCCUCCCCGUCGUCCACGUCGUCCUCGCCCCCCCCGCCCAAGCCCGCCGCCGCCACCCCGGCCACGGCCCCGCCCACCCUCACACAGAGUCCCAAGGAGAAGCCGCUGAGCGCGGCGGGGCCGCCGGGGCCCAAGGCGGGCCCUGUAGCUACCGCCGCCCCCACCACCACCGCCGCCGCCGCCACCGCCACCACCAAGCCCCCACUGACGCCUCAGCUCCCCCGGCUCCAGCAGGCCCCCACCACGGCCCACCACAGGCCCAUCCACGCACCGCUGUCCCAGCCGCCCCCCCUCCAGGCCCACCACCCGGUGGGCACGGAGAAGAGCUCCUCCUCCGGCCAGCAGCAGCAGCCAAUCAUCACGCAGAGCGCCACCGUCACCAAGAUCACGUUCGGCGGGAGCCACCACUCGCCCUCGCCGCACUUUGCCGCCGUGCGAGCGGAUGCUGUGGCAGCAGCCGCAGCGGCGGCGGCGCCCGGCUCCUCCAAGCCCUCGGGGUCGUCGGACAUCCUGAAGAUCUCCAUGAUGGAGGCGGAGAUCGACCCCAGCGUGGAGCCCAUGGUGGUGGACUCGUCCAGCGACCGCAAGGCCCCAGGCCUCCUCCUCCACCACCACCUCCACCACCACCUCCAUCACCACGACGACGGGGGCGGUGCGGCGGUGCCGGCCACCUCGGACAUGAUGGACGCGGGCCAGCUGAUCAGCAGCACGGGGCCCGCGGCCCACCGCCCGGCCCACCUGAAGGCGGAGCGCGGCGGGCCCUUCGGACGCCUCGGGGCCCUGGCGACCCAGAGGAAACAGGAGGACAUGGACGUGAUCGAGGUGAUCCCGCAGUUCUCCAUCCUGCCGGACUCCAGCCAGUCCAACGUGGUGGUGGAGCCCAGCGGCUUCCUGGAGAUCACCAACUACACCAGCCAGCAGCUGGACCGAGACAGCCCCAUGAUGGAGCCGGAGGUGGACAGCAGCAGUAACGACGACGACAGCAGUAUGGCUGGACCGCCCUAGACACACAAACACAAACAUGUACAAACACGUGGACACACACAAACACACACGCGCGCGCCGUUAAAACUGUCCCGACACCACUGCCAUAUAUUCCCCUUGAUCGGUGGAUCCCAAACAUCACGUUUUUAUUUUUUCAGCUCCUUUUUAUUUUAUUAUAUUUUAUUUUAUUUUUUUAUAAACACCAAUAUACGGUAACCCAGUUCGUAGCGCUUUUUUGUGUAUAAAAGUGUACAGUACUUUCUAUGAGUGAAGUCGAAAUGAACAUUUCCCUGGCUGUCGCGUGGUGAGCGUAGGAGACGUGGGACUCAGAGCUCACACAGCUCAGAGGAAUAUGUUCGGGACAGGAUUCAGGACCAGCAGCACAUUGAUGAAGAGCAGGCAAAGCCUUCCAAGGGGACAGGACAGCGCUCCCUCCAAGGGGAGAUUAUACAGUGUUUUGAUGGUGAGAGAAGUCCAUAUAUAUACCUGGGGCUGAGUGCCCUGCGUUUGGGUCUGUUGAAGAAGAAUAUCAACAAUGUUCAGGACUACGGCUGUUUCAGAUGACACGCUUUGACUUUGUAUUCCACGUUACGGUUAACACGCAUUGUCCCACCAUGGUUUUCUGAGAAACAUUUUUUCAAGUGAUCUUUAUUUUACUAAAAUAACCUUGGGAAGAAGUUGGAGAUGAGAAAUGUAUUAUCAACAGUCAAGAAGAAUACGAUCUGAGAGAAAUCUACUUGGGGUGAAGAAAAAUGUGUAAUAUUUGUGAUAUUGUCCUUUUUAACUGACUAAACAAAGGUUUUGAAGAAUAUACCAUUUUUGUAAAUUACAUUCUGGUAAACGGCGCUGAAGGGAGAAAACAAAAGUAUGCAUUUGUUUUGCAUAGUCAUAGCUUUACCUAUUGUUGUUUUUGUCAUUUUCUUGCCUUUAUAUUAUUCAAACUAGAAGACUAGUUGGAAAAAAAAAUGUUUAAGCUGUUCAAUAAACCAGCUAUGAGCAUUUGUGAAUGUGUCAUUUUAAAUUUGGAUCACUUGUUAAGGCUAGGGCGGGGGCAGGAACAGUAAAGCAGAACAUAAUAACUCCAUACAGAAUCGCUUCGUCACAGUUUAACUCUACUGUGCACUAAGCAAAUGCCCCAGUCUCUCAUCUUCUGACUUCUUUGUCGUUUUAUUACACUACUUUGCUGAGUCAACAUUUAUUAUUCGUCCUGCUUUCAGUUCACUGAAAGCACCUCAUACAACGUCUUCUUUGACCUCUGUAACUGAAGUAGGGUUUUUUCCCUGGUUGCAUUUGCUUAAACAACCUGCAUCCCUGUCAUUUAAUACGCAGGGAUUUUCCACCGAUAUCCUAUUGAGGGAGCAAAGAUGAGGCUAGCGAAACUAAAAAAUGUGACGAUAGGGAUCAAAGUAAUGCAAUUGGGAAAACAAAAAGGUGGCCAUGCAGAAUUCCCCUCUUUUCCCCAUUGAUGUUUUCUAUUUGGUAACAAUUAAUUUACGUUAGGUCUCAUUCAACUAUAUCCUAAAUAUUGGAUUUACAGAACUGCUUGGUAAAUCAAAUUCAUAGCUAUAAUUACUGAAUGCUUGCCUUGAUAUUGUCGGGCAUUUGUAACACAUUUGUGUUAAGACCUAACCCUAAACCUAAAUCCAAUGUUUGGGAUAUAGCAUAGUGCAGUGAGACCUUACCUAAAUUAAUUGCUACCAGAAACAAAGCAUCAAUUGGGAAGAUACAAAAAGCCCAAUGGUGAUCUACAUCAUAUUUUGAGCUACAAAUAUUCUGCAGUUUUGUCUUUUAUUUUAUUAUGUCCUUAAGCCUAACCCUAUUAAGUAACAGUGUAUACUAAUUGUAUUACAGAACUGAGAACUAUUGGGCAGAUUGGAGAGAAAGAAUGCAAACAUUUUUGAGUUACAUGAUUUGCUUAUGAUCUGAGCUUUCGAAGGUGGAUUUGUGCUCAACUGGGACAAAAUGAUGUGCAAAAUAUGACAUACAGGAGAAGGAAUUAGGGCGUGAAUCUAAUUGGGCUGACCACACAAAGCACUCAUUGCAGCAUCCAUGAGCCAGAUUGAAAGUUACUCAAGUCUCUUUCUAAGGUAAAAAGUAUUCAUCUACAUAAAACACAAAAUAUUGCAUUUAUAUUUAAAACGUGUACAGAACAGUUAAAACUGACACAAGAAUAAAAUAGUAAUGUUAGCCAAACUGCUGUUAGCAGUUGAGGUUUCCUUUGUGAAGAUAAAUGAGUCUAUGAAAUGUGUUUCCUCCCGACUACAAGGCUUGUGCUGACUUCCUGUUUCCUGUUGACCUGGCCUUGCCUCUACAGACUUAAUGAGGUCUGAAUCAGCACCAACCUAACUACAGAGCUCUGUAACUCAUGAUGCCUCUCAUACUUUCAUCUCA